AUGUUGAGGUAUGGACAUCUACUACAGGACCAUAAAACGAUUAUAUUGUUGAGUACGAUUGUAAGCAUUGCAAAAUCCAUACCGAAAAUAAGUUGGGAACAGAAUGCGGAUCCUAUGUGGAUCACGUAUAACAACGCGAUAAGUAACAAGGAACAUUUCGUCGUAUGCUCUGAGGAAGAGAGCAUUAAUUUGCACGGGCUGGGGUUAGAAAAGAUCCCUAAAGAUUUGGUAAAGAGCCAAACGAUACAAUCAAUAUCGUUACAUAACAAUAACAUCCAAAAAAUACCAAUAGAUGCAUUCGAGGAAGUUCCUCUUUUGAAGUGUCUAAAUCUCGCUUAUAACUACAUUUCUUUCGAUAAACUUGAGAUAAAACACGACAACUUGAAAACAUUAAUUAUAGAUUUUCAAGUAACACCAGAAACGAACGAUGUAACAACUUUAAGCGAGGCAAAAAUAAAUUGUCCUAACGUUGAUACAUUAUCUUGGAGAGGAAUAACCCACGAAUUUCGUCUUUUGUGGAUAAAAAUGUUUCCAAAGUUAAAAAAUAUUUAUUUAUCUGACAGUCAUUAUAUCCAAUUUGUCAACGAAACUGCCAUAUCUUAUUUACCGAAUUUGAGAAGUCUAUACUUAGAACGAAAUUCAAUUAGUAAAUUCGUUAUGGAUAAUUUUGGGAACAUCGAGAUAUUGUAUCUGAAUGACAAUCCUCUUGAGGAAUUUUGGAUAAAUCCAAUUCGCCAAAGAUUAAGGAUUUUAUCGUUAUCUAACUGUUCAAUCUACAAUAUGCCUGAGUUAAAUAUUCGAUCCUUAGAAUCGUUAGAUUUAUCUCAUAAUCGAAUUGGUACCAUAACGACAAGCGCGUUCCAAUACAUAGUUUUAUUAGAAAAUUUAAAUUUAGAUAACAAUCAAUUAAUAACGAUUCCUCCUAUAGAUCGUUCAAAUAAUUUGAAAACAUUGUCGUUAAAUUAUAAUUACAUUAGCAAUAUUACGGGUAUCGUUAGAUCAAGUUCUUUAAAAACGUUGAAUCUACGCGGAAAUGAGAUAGAGAACAUCGACGCAAUGGAGUUUUGGAAUCUGAAAAUGUUAGAAUAUUUAGACAUAUCUCAUAAUAAAUUAAAAUCAUUGUCUCCGAAAUGGCACAAAGGCAUGAACAGGCUAAAAUAUCUAAAUUUGCAGUACAAUAAUUUUAUAAACAUAGAAUACAUGUCCAUCUUUCACAUAAGUUAUUUGAAAGAAUUGUAUAUAAAAAAUAAUAAUAUCACGUAUAUAGAUCUAGAUACAUUAUCACGUGUGCCAAAUAAUUGUACUAUAUACGUGCUUUAG